AUGCGGCGGAGCAAUUGCGGCGACAACCGUUGUCACGCACUCAGGAAGGAAGAAAAUGGCGGGAGUGGCUUGCCAUGUAUCUAUCAGCUCAUCAUCGACCCUGAGAGUGAGUGGUUUCUCUUGAUUUGCUUAUCGUCUGUGGCGAUUUACAAUUCCUUCGCUUUCAAUGUUGAGUUAUUCGUUUUGCAGAGGGUUGGUCGUCGGCCGAGAUGCUUCUCUGGAUCGCCGGAAAAGAAAACUCCGGCUAUGUUGAAGUGGGCUGUUGGCGGAGUCACUGAAUUGCUCAGACUGUUCUCCGUCGCUUCGUCUCCUUCUUCCUCCAUUCCUAAAAAUAAGGAUAAGUAA